AUGACAAUCACGGGUUUGAAAUCAAUUCAAGUAAAGGAACCGACUAACUGGAAUUUAGAUUUAGAAUUCGACAUGAUCUGGCCAAUUCCUUAUGACAACGUCGAUAAAAAAAUAAUUAAAAAAAAAUCUAAUCAUAAAUUACGACGACAUAAAAGAGAUUUUUAUAAAACAUUUGAAUUGGCACUUGACAGACUUGGUUUCUCUGGUAAGAAUUGCAUACUGAGGACAAUAUGUGAAUCGAAAAUGUUCUUACAACCACCCGGGAUUUCAUUCCUCGAUGAUUUAUUGCGUGUAAUAUUGAGCCACGAAGAAAAUCAAGGAAAUAACUUUGAUAAAUAUGACACUGCAUAUAAAUCUAUAUCUGACUGUAAUAAAAUAUAUAAAUGCCCCAUUUCACUGUUAGAAUUAUUGUUGAAUAAUUUUGAUCUAUAA